AUGACAACGGCGACAGCGACGACGGUGGUGAAUAAUGAAAACAGAAUGUUCAACCAGCCCACAAUAAAGCAUAAGAAAUCAAAGCAGUUUUUGACGCCAUUUAACGAUAGCAGCAACCUCAAUAUGAAUAAAGGUGGUGGACACAAAGGCCUUAGACACUACGCGUCGACAUCGUUCAUCAACCAGCAGCCACCACCACCGCCACCACCAAUCACACCCCAGCAGCCACAAGCGUCUCCUACGUAUGCCUACUUCCCACUGCCCAACCACCCACUUGAUCCGUAUGCAUUUGAGCAUAACUACAACAACAGCAGCUACUUCCACGGAUCACCAUCACCUACAACGACAACUUUUGCUGAUUUUACAAGAUUUCUUCCACCACCACCACCACCACCACAGCAGCCACCAAACAAUUAUCUUGUGCCAUCAUCGCCAAAUGUAUAUCCUGUCAGACAGCCAGGGCUGCAGCACAAGCAUAGCAUGCCCACGCUAGGCUCGCAACAGGCACCUCUAUACGAGAAUUACCUGUAUGCACAUGCGCACUCGCCCCAGCAGCCACCAACACGGCAAAUACCCCAACUACACCAACACCCACAUCAACACCAAUACCAGCCACCGCAGACGCGCAUGAGGAGCAUGAGGUCAAAUCAGCACUUGUCGACAAACAGGUCGGCAGUGCUUGAGGAUUUCCGCGUCAAUGGCAAGCAUACGAAGCCGGAGCUGCAUAACAUUUUCGGUUACGUGACGGAAUUCGCCACCGACCAACUCGGAUCACGUUUCAUACAGCAGAAGCUCGAUAAUGCGCCAUCAGAGUCAUUCCUGCGGGUAUUUGAGGAAAUAUUCCCAAACGCGGUCGAGCUAUCAUCUGACGUGUUUGGGAAUUAUGUAAUACAGAAGUUAUUCGAGCACGGUAGUGCAGCUCAGCGACGCCGUCUCGUUGCGCAGAUCGCUGAGCACAUUCCCACGCUAAGUUUCCAGAUGUACGGAUGUCGCGUAGUUCAGAAGGCUGUAGAGUGCGUAGGAGAGGCGGAGCAGAUGGAGAUAGUGGGUCGGAUGGAACAAAUGACAGAGCGCGCGGUGCAGGACCAGAAUGCCAAUCACGUCAUACAGCGCAUCAUAGAGCAAGUUGAUCCUGAUCGCCUCCUCAGCCUCCCCGUCGCUUUUGCGGAGAAUGCUAAAGAACUCGCUUCGCAUCCUUACGGGUGUCGCGUCCUGCAGAGAUCUUUCGAACAUAUUGGUCAGGCGAGAAGCAGGUGUCUAAUCGAGGCACUGCAUGAACACGUUGAUAACCUGGUAGUGGACAUGUUUGGCAAUUACGUCAUACAGUAUUUACUCGAAUUCGGUGACGAUUCGGAUAGGAGUAGGAUUAUCGUCAAGAUUAAUCACCGCUUUUUUGAACUCGCUAGACAUAAAUUCGCCUCUAAUGUUUGCGAGAAGGCGUUAAUUAGAGCGGGUGAGAAUGAUAGGGAGAUGCUUAUUCAUAGACUGGUCGAUAGAUCUGAUGGUGGGGCUAGUUUGGAUGGCAUACCUGCUCUAAUGAAGGAUCAGUAUGGCAAUUAUGUCCUUCAGCGCGCUAUUAGCGUCGUUGGGUCAGCACAAGCAGGCCAGCUAAUCGAGACUAUCAACGAGGAACUCGAACAUAUACGCAAAAGUAACCAGAUUCACAACAUGUCGUCGGCUACGGCUAAACAUGUGCUGGCUAUAGAGAGGCUACUGAGCCAGCAUUUGGGUGUGUAG